AGUGUCUAUCUGAUUCGCAGAUUGUAAAAUUGAAUCCAAACGCCAAGGUGAAUCAAUGGCUUCGAGAAAGGGCGGCAGCGCCGGCGAAGGGGUGCGAUCGUUGGAGUUGGAGAAGAUGAGUGUCGAGCAACUCAAAGCCAUCAAAGAACAGACUGACAUGGAAGUCAAUCUCCUUCACGAUAGCCUCAACAACAUUCGCACUGCCACUUCUCGCCUCGACAAUGCCUCCGCUGCCCUUCACGAUCUCUCGCUCCGUCCUCAAGGCAAGAAGAUGCUGGUGCCUCUUACUGCGUCGCUUUACGUUCCUGGGACGCUGGAUGACGCCGAUAAGGUCUUGGUGGAUGUCGGAACUGGAUACUUCAUUGAGAAAACAAUGGCUGAAGGAAAAGAUUACUGCGAUCGAAAAAUCAAAUUGCUAAAGUCGAAUUUUGACCAACUAAUUGAGGUUGCUGCUAAAAAGAAGAAUCUAGCAGAUGAAGCUGGGGUGAUCUUACAAGCAAAACUGAAGCAGAUGGCUGCUACAACAUAGGGAAAUGUGUGACCAUGUAAUAUGUUUGAAGGUAAACCUUAGGGGGAAGGUUCAUGUCAUAUUUGAGGUGUUGGUAGCUGUAAACUUCUUCUAGCACUCACUGGAUGAUUAGAAAUCCAAUUUGUCGUGAGCGCGGGGACGAAGAUUUAGUAAGGCCUCUAGAACCCGUAGAAGGAAAGAUUUAGCAACUCUGUUUUUCAACCCAUGUUUUAAGUGUUAUCUCAUGAAUUUGUUUUGGAAGAAUUUUGCCCCAUGAAUUUCACAGGUAGAGAAGUAGUUUUUCCAGUGUGUGUAAAGAUUUAUUCUCUUUCUGAGAUUUUGAUUGGAGGAACUUGCAUUUGCUCUA